GGCCUUGUGGAAGAUUACUAGCAGCUCUGGAGCUGUAUAGGUUCCAUUGCUAUCCAAUUGCUUACUCUCGCUUGGCUCAAUCUGUAUCUUAUUUAUAUUUUCUUCUGUUUCUUGUUCUUCUUCUGCUUUUUGGCCAUAUCCAGACAUUCUCUUCUUGUACCCUAUUCCUCUUUCCACUUCUCAAUAUUCCUUCCUCACUAAAUGUUUCUCCCAAUUGUCUAAUCUUCUGUUAUUCUCUAUCUCUGUUUACAAUUUCUUUUCUCUAGAUGACUAUGAACACCCCAGCAAUCAACAUCAUAUCUCCCCCAAACUCUUCCAACGACAACCUCAAAUCUUCUAAUCCAAACAACACUGGCUCCAGCUUCUUCUUCCUAGGCACUAAUCCCAGAAAGACCAUUUUCAGCAUUUUUUCAAACAACGAUUCAACCAACAAUAACACUACCAAUAGUAGCAGCAAUAGCAGCAAUACUAAUCUCCCCACUAAUUCUAAUAAUAACUCUAAUAACAACCUAAUUCUCAGCCAAAAUCUUGACCCAAAUACUGAUAAUCGCAAUUCUAUCGACAGAUCUCUAAGUGAUAUUAAGAUCUCAAGAUCCAGAUCCAGAUCAAGGUCAAGAUCCAGAUCAAAACUAAGAGCUGACUCUCUGUCUAUUUUCGGCAAAAAUAUCUUUACCCCAAAUAACAAUACCAGAAAUCCAGCAUCCUCGGACUCUGAAGAUGAUAAUUUUUCCAUCGUCGACAACAACAAUACUACAAACAGAAAAACUACUAUAAAGACAAAUAGUCAUAGGAGCAUUGCAGCCAAAAACUUGACGAAAAAAUUGAUCAAAAACAUCAAUAACAAAAAUGAUAUUGAUGAUGAAUUUGCUAAUGAUAAAAAUCGCGAUCAGUCUCUUGACGAUUCGUUAUCUGAUUAUUUGAGCAACAACGAAAUCGCUGAUCAUCCAGUAACAACUUCAAAAUCAAAUUCAAAUCAUAAUCCCUUGGAAAAACAUAUCUCAAAUAUAUUAGAUUUAAACAAAUUCGAUCAAUCAAAUUCUUCAAAUCUAAAAAACAUCGACAUCAAUACCAAUAACAACUAUAACAAUUAUCACAAUAACAAUAAUAACAACAACAACAACAACAACAACAACUUUAAUAUUAAUCCAAAUAUACAUGCAGGUUUUGACACUGAAAACUAUCACACUACCAAUUAUCAUACUGGUAAUUAUCCUACUUAUAACAGCACUUUGCCUCUCUCAUAUGAUUUUUUUCCCGAUGAAUAUUUCUAUGACAACAAAAUUGAUCUUGUUCAGUUAUUUGUUCAACCAAAAUACUUGAGAUUACUAUCAAAAUCAAAAGAAAAGUCAAAUUUUUGUAAUCGCUUAUUUUUAGCCCAAGAACUAAAUUUAACCCAAGACCAAAACACCUCAGAUCUCAAUAACUCAAACAUCAUCAAUAACACUAUAACUCCUCAUACUGAAUUGACCUUGAUCAACAAAUUCAAAUCAAAUGACACAAGCGACGUUAAAUCAAAUAAAUCGAUUCGCUCCACUAUAUCAAACACAAUAAACAGCCAGGCAAAUUCAAAUAAAAGAGGCGCAAUAUGGGCCUUGAAAUUCAGUGUUGAUGGCAAAUACUUAGCUGCUGCUGGUCAAGAUUGUGUAAUAAGAGUCUGGAAAGUCAUAUCCUCGCCUCUUGAUCGUCUUGAAUACCAGCACAACGUUAAUAAAUCAACAAUCAAUAAUGACAUCAAUAAUAUCCCAAAUAACUUAAAUAACUUAAACAACCCUAACGGUAUAAACAAUAUCACCAACAAUGAUAACAUCAACAACAACAUCAAUACCAUUAAUAAUGCCAAUAUCAAUAACAACAUCAACUUAGCCACUCCUCCUUCAGUAUCAGAUCAAAGCGAUCAUGAUCCAAACAACCAAUCUUCGAAGAAAAACUCUUCAAAGCCUGUAUAUGCUCCAGUUUUCCAUGAUGAUCCAAUAAGAAUCUUUAAGGGGCAUUCUCUGGACAUACUUUCAUUAGCCUGGAGCAAAAACAACUUUCUAUUAUCAGCCUCGAAAGAUGGAACUGUUCGUUUAUGGCAUAUUGAUAGGCAUACUUGUUUAGGCGUAUUUAAUCAUCCUGAAUGCGUAACUUCAGUUUGUUUUUUUCCCACUGAUGACAGGUUUUUCUUAAGUGGCUCUUUAGAUAACGGUCUACGUUUUUGGUCAAUAUUAGACAAUGAAGUAAGUUAUCAACAAACUUUAACGAGCUUAAUCACCGCUAUUUGUUUUUCUCCUAAUGGUAAAUUGACUUUUGCUGGAACCUUUAAUGGAAUUUGCUUUUGUUUUGAAACUAUCGAUUUAAAUUUAAAAUAUCAAUUUGAGGUUCGAAAUAAUUAUGGAAAAAAUUCCCGUGGCUCUAAAAUAUCCGGUAUUCAAACCUUUGAUGUCCCAAUUGAUUCAAGUUCAAACUUGAAUCAGAAUUUAAAUUUAAAUUUAAAUUUAAAUGUAAACUUAAAUCCUAUCAAUGAAAAUAAAUCAUUAAAUGCAUCUCCUUCCUAUUUAUCAUCCACCUUGAAUGAAACAACUGAUACAAGAAUUGUAAUAACAACUAACGAUUCAAGAAUCAGAAUAUACUCACAUUUAACUAGAGGCUUGGUGACUAAAUUCAAAGGCUUACAAAAUGAAUCUUCUCAAGUGGUUGCAACUGUUUCUGAUGAUAACGAGUACCUUAUUUGUGGCUCGGAAAAUAAUUGCAUCUACAUGUGGAGAAUAAACGAUCAAGAAGUUUUAAAAAAAUAUGAAAAAAAAUCAAAAAAAAGCUUACUCUAUAAUUCAAUGCUGAAAAAGAAAAACAUUGAUUAUAAAGACGAAAUACCUAAGAACCUUAAAAAUGGAAAUUAUUUCGAAUUUCAUGCACAUCGAUAUCAAGUCAGUUGUGCAACAUUUGCCCCAAGGGUCACCAAGAAAUUUUUGUCUUUAUCUAAUGAUCCAAUUUAUGAUUUAUACUCUACUUAUGAAGAUCUCCAAAAAAAUGCAACCACUCAAAAUUCAGAAAAUUAUGAUAAUAGCAGCUCUUUUGGAUCGCCUGUAAAAACCUUUACGAAUGACUCACGGGCUAAUACUACAAGUAUUAAUAGCAAUAAUAAUGAUUACGGUUGCUCCAAGAAGAAGAAAAAUAAAAAAAUAAUGAGUUUUGAAAACUAUGAUCCAGUUGAUGAUCCAGUUAUUGUUAGCGCGGAUAAAAAUGGAAUUAUCCGAAUAUUUAGACAAGAUUCAGGGUAUCAUAUAAGAAAACUUAUAUUGGAACAUUUAUUAAAAACCAAAAAAAAUGAGGAGCCUUUUCAAGAUAAAAAAAGAAAAUUGACUGUUACAAGUUUAGUGAAGCCAUCAAAAUCAAAACCUUUUAUUAACAUUAAAGGAAGAUCCAGUUCUCCUUCAAUCGAAAAAAGGAUAGCCCUGAAAUCGUUGAUCUCUGAGUUGCCAAAUUCUUUAGGAUCUGGACAAUCUAAGCCGCCCAAUAGGCAUUAUCCUGAAAUUAAUGUUGACAAUCAAAUGAGCUUAAAACCCUUUGUUAAUAAAGACGUCCUCCUGGUUCCUGUUGAAUACAAUGCCGACAAUGCAUUGAGCAAUGUUAUUUCUGAAGAGUCCUUAAAUGGACUUCAACCUCCAAAGCUAAAUAAGUCUGGUUCUUUUUAUUCACUACAUAACCGAUCAACCGGAAGUCUAUUUUCGAGAGGCCGAAACAGAAAGGGAAGUGAAAAUGAUAAAAAAAUUUGCGAAAUAUGUAGUGGAGUCAAGUUUUAUCGCAAAAAUAUUGACAAUAGAGACACAUCAAUUUGUGCUGACUGUGGAAAUCAGUCUUGAGUUUAUUAUUUGUUAACGGUUUUUGUUUUGUUCUUAAAGAAAUUUUCUGUUUUGAUUAUAGUUUUUAUUGUUAUGAUUUUGUGAUUACUUUUACGCACACUGAAAAUUGGCGAGGUUUGCAGAAUGUGCUGUAACUGAUCUGUAAAUGACAGUGUGUUUUGGGAUUAAUGAUAAAAAAAAUGUGUUUCUUUUAUUGGCUUUUGUAAUCUAGUUUUUAGUUUUUAGUUUUUAGUUUAGUUUCUUUUUAGUUUUAGUUAUCGAUCUUUCUCUGCUCAAACCAAACUCAAUUC